AUGAGUUCCGCCCUCGGCCUCGACGCCUCCAAGAACGUUUCGCUGUUGACGAUCCCCGUCGUCUUCAUCGCGACGUGUCUCGCUCCCCACGCCUAUGCCGUCUCCGCCGCAGGCAAGACGUACGACAUAAGCAACCCGCGCUUCUUCCUGCCGACCGUCGCCAAGGAUGAGUCGCUCGACAAGACGCUGAGGCAGCGCAUCAUCCGCGCCGAGGGCGCCUCGCAAAACGGCUUCGAGAACCUCGGCCUCUUCGCCAGCGGCGUCGUCGCCGCCAACGUCGCCGGCGUCGCCCCCGCCGAGGUCAGCGCCCUCUCCGUCGGCUACCUGCUCGCCCGCCUCGCCUACGUCUUCACCUACGUCCACCUCGGCGCCAACCGCAGGCUCGCCCCCGUCCGCUCCCUCGUCUACAUGGCCUCGACCGGCCUGUUGCUGGCCAUCUGGGUCCGCGCCGGCUUCAGCCUGAUGCUGCAGUGA